AUCAAUUGAAAUCGUUUUGUUGAUAACACAAUUCGAUCAGAGAAAAUAGACUCUUCACAGACAAAAUUCAAAUUGAUUUUUAAUUUUGAUUAGAACAAAUGAUAAAUCGCAUUAUGGAAAGUGUUGACGUCAAAUUGGGCAUUAAGCAUAUUCUGGAACGUGUUGAACAAUCGUAUUUGAAACGAAGUCCGGGAAAUCGAUGCGCAAAACCAACAUUGGUGGCGGUUAGUAAAACAAAGCCAAUUGAGAUGAUCAUUGAUGCCUACUCGGCUGGUCAACGUCAUUUUGGAGAAAAUUAUGUGAAAGAGCUGUGGGAUAAGAGCACAAAUGAAUUGAUCAAUGUAAAAUGCCCCGAAAUACGUUGGCAUUUUAUUGGCCAUUUGCAAUCAAGUUCGGUGAAUAAGUUGCUAAAAGUCCCGCGCUUGGAAAUGAUAGAAACCGUUGACAGUCUCAAGUUGGCGAAUGAAUUGAAUAAGAAAUGGGGAAACAUUUCGCCUAGCAAACCACUCAAGAUUCUAGUUCAAGUGAACACGAGUCAAGAAGAUGCUAAGAGUGGCGUUGAACCAAAUACUGUCGUCGAUUUGUACCGACACAUCACUGAAAAUUGUAAGCAUUUGAUUCCAGAUGGGGUGAUGACAAUCGGUAAAUUUGGCCACGAUUAUUCCACUGGACCAAAUCCGGACUUUGUAUGCCUCUUAGAAUGUCACAAGAAUAUAUGCGAUACGUUUAAUUUAUCACCGGAAAAUGUACAAAUUUCGAUGGGAAUGUCGGACGAUUUUGAACAAGCGGUUGAAAUGGGUUCAACAAUUGUUCGAGUUGGUUCUUCUAUUUUUGGAUAUAGACCGAAGAAAAUUGAUGGAGCAAAUGUGUAAAUGCUGAACAACACUUAUUUACAGGACAACAAAAUAUGGCAUUCUUAAUGCGACCAAAAUCGCAUACUCUCUUUCUUGUGAACACAUCAAUUCCGUUUAUGAAUCUAAAAUGUUUUAUCGAUUUUAAAUGUAUAUACCUGAAAAAAUUAUCACAAUUAUGAAUAAAGUUUGUUGUAGAAUAGAAAAAACUAUUUGAUUCAUCUAA